AUGGACACGGCGCUAGAUUUAUCUGACGCCUCAAAGGCACUAGACUUGGAUAAUAUUCGCUUUCAGCUAAUCCGACUCGAAGAUACAAUCACGUUCCAUCUGAUCGAAAGAGUCCAGUUUCCCCUCAAUGCCACUGUCUACGAUUCCAGUGCUCUACCGAUACCUACAACGAAUCUAGCAUUGCCUCCAGUUAUCUCUCUGCUAGACUACCUUCUAUCCGAAACCGAACGUCUUCAUUCUACCAUUCGCCGCUAUGAUGCGCCCGACGAGUAUGCCUUUUUCCCUCAAGUGCUUCAGCGGCCAAUGCUCCAGGCCAUCAAGUACCCCAAGAUCCUUCAUGACAACGACGUCAAUGUCAAUCAGGUUAUCAAGGAAAAGUAUAUAAACGAGGUAUUGCCAGAGGCCUGCCGCAAGUUUGGACGCGAAGACCGAGGCGAGACAAAGGAGAAUUAUGGUAGCGCUGCGACCUGCGACGUGGCAUGCCUGCAAGCCUUGUCGCGAAGAAUACACUUCGGCAAGUUCGUAGCUGAGAGCAAGUUCCAGCAAGAAACGGAGAGAUUCGUGAAACUCAUCAAGGCCGAAGACCGUGAAGGGAUUGACGCUGCCAUCACUAAUCAAAAGGUGGAGCAGCAGGUCCUGGAGCGACUUCGGCUGAAGGCGAAGACAUAUGGCAAGGAUCCCUCUGCCGCGACCAACGGUGGAGCCUCCGGAGAAGAGAAGAUCAAUGUCGAGGCUGUGGUCAAGAUGUAUGCCCAGGUGGUGAUACCAUUGACCAAGAUCGUCGAAGUCGAGUACCUUAUGCAAAGACUGAAGGGCACGCCAUGGGAGUAA